AGAAGAAGAAGACGUGCUUUAUUUUCCAGACGGCUGCCACAACCUGCUGCGUUCGUUUGAGAAAGAAAAACUGAAAACCUUUGAAAAGCCGGAAAACUCUUCAAACUAAUCACGAUUUAAAUCCUUCGACAAAUAGCAAUGAGAUUCCAGUAAAAAUUGAUUGGAAAAUUUGGGAUUUUCGCGUGAAAAUUCAUUCCAAAGUUCUUUGUUUCGUGGGGUUUGUGAAAUUCAUUUCAUCUCACGACGCAACGACAACGAAAAACGAACAAGCACGAAGAACUAAGCAGAAACGCAUAUAGAGAAGUGCCAGCGGAGUCUCAAACUUUUGGUUGGCUGCAGCUGGCAGUAAGGGAAAGUUUUACUGGGGAACAGACCUCGACUCUGGAAAGCCCCAAAUUUUGUGACGAACAAUUUAGCACUUUUCGGUGUAUCAUACUAAGUAGACAAGCCAUUCAACAUGGCUACAAACGAUUCAAAGGCCCCACUGCGGCAAGUAAAGCGUGUGCAGUUUGGUAUCCUUUCCCCAGAUGAAAUUCGACGUAUGUCCGUCACCGAGGGUGGUGUCCAAUUUGCCGAAACUAUGGAAGGCGGCCGUCCUAAAUUGGGUGGGUUGAUGGACCCUCGUCAGGGUGUUAUCGAUCGAACAUCAAGAUGUCAAACCUGUGCUGGUAACAUGACGGAGUGCCCUGGACAUUUCGGCCAUAUUGAUUUAGCCAAACCUGUUUUUCACAUUGGUUUCAUAACCAAAACAAUCAAAAUUUUACGUUGCGUUUGUUUUUAUUGCUCCAAAAUGUUGGUAUCGCCGUCAAAUCCAAAAAUCAAAGAAGUGGUUUUAAAAACAAAAGGUCAGCCACGCAAACGUUUGGCCUAUGUUUAUGAUUUGUGUAAAGGUAAAAAGAUUUGCGAGGGUGGCGAAGAUAUGGAUAUGACAAAAGAUGGACAGCCGGCUGAUCCUAAUAAAAAACCUGGACAUGGUGGUUGCGGUCAUUAUCAACCAUCUCUUCGUAGAACGGGACUGGAUUUAACGGCAGAAUGGAAACAUGUUAAUGAAGAUUCACAGGAGAAAAAGAUUCAAGUUACCGCUGAACGAGUAUGGGAAAUUCUAAAACACAUUACAGAUGAAGAGUGUUUUGUUAUGGGUAUGGAUCCAAAGUAUGCACGCCCUGAUUGGAUGAUUGUUACCGUUUUACCCGUUCCACCUCUGGCCGUCAGACCUGCUGUCGUCAUGUUUGGUGCAGCCAAGAAUCAGGACGAUUUAACUCACAAACUUUCGGAUAUCAUAAAGGCCAAUAAUGAAUUGCGUAAAAAUGAGGCAUGUGGUGCGGCUGCCCAUGUGAUUCUGGAAAAUAUAAAAAUGUUGCAGUUUCACGUUGCCACACUGGUCGAUAACGAUAUGCCUGGUAUGCCUAGGGCUAUGCAAAAGUCGGGCAAACCACUAAAAGCUAUCAAAUCCCGCUUGAAGGGUAAAGAAGGACGUAUUCGUGGUAAUUUGAUGGGAAAGCGUGUUGAUUUCUCAGCACGUACUGUCAUUACUCCCGAUCCAAAUUUGCGUAUUGAUCAGGUCGGUGUACCGCGCUCCAUUGCACAAAAUUUAACUUUCCCGGAAUUAGUAACACCGUUUAAUAUAGAUCGUAUGCAAGAGCUGGUACGUCGUGGCAACUCUCAAUAUCCAGGAGCUAAAUAUAUUGUGCGUGACAAUGGCGAACGUAUUGAUCUGCGUUUCCAUCCAAAACCAUCCGAUUUGCAUUUACAAUGUGGCUAUAAAGUGGAACGGCAUCUGCGUGACGAUGAUUUGGUUAUUUUCAAUCGCCAGCCCACUCUACACAAAAUGAGUAUGAUGGGUCAUCGAGUUAAAGUUUUGCCAUGGUCAACGUUUCGUAUGAACUUGUCUUGUACUUCCCCAUACAAUGCUGAUUUUGAUGGAGACGAAAUGAACUUGCAUGUACCGCAAUCUAUGGAAACAAGAGCGGAAGUGGAAAACAUUCACGUGACACCGCGACAAAUUAUUACGCCACAGGCUAACAAACCCGUCAUGGGUAUUGUGCAGGAUACCUUGACUGCUGUACGUAAAAUGACAAAACGUGAUGUCUUCAUAACCCGUGAACAAAUGAUGAAUCUGUUGAUGUUCUUGCCCACUUGGGAUGGCAAAAUGCCCCAACCUUGUAUUCUAAAGCCUAAACCAUUGUGGACGGGCAAACAAAUUUUUACACUAAUUAUUCCCGGCAAUGUAAAUAUGAUACGUACUCACUCCACCCAUCCCGACGAUGAAGAUGACGGCCCCUACAAAUGGAUUUCACCCGGUGACACGAAAGUAAUGGUAGAGCAUGGCGAAUUGAUUAUGGGCAUUUUAUGUAAAAAGACCCUGGGUACCUCUGCUGGUUCUUUGCUUCACAUUGUUUUCUUGGAAUUAGGUCACGAAAUUGCUGGUCGCUUCUACGGUAACAUUCAGACUGUCAUUAACAAUUGGCUGUUGUUGGAGGGUCACAGUAUCGGUAUUGGUGACACAAUUGCUGAUCCUCAGACCUAUAACGAGAUUCAGAUGGCCAUUAAGAAAGCUAAAGACGAUGUCAUCAACGUUAUUCAAAAAGCCCACAACAUGGAAUUGGAACCCACACCCGGCAAUACUUUACGUCAGACUUUCGAGAACCAAGUAAACCGUAUUCUAAACGAUGCUCGUGACAAAACUGGCGGAUCUGCUAAGAAAUCAUUGACUGAAUACAACAGUUUAAAGGCUAUGGUGGUGUCGGGUUCGAAGGGCUCCAACAUUAAUAUCUCCCAGGUUAUUGCUUGCGUAGGUCAGCAGAACGUUGAAGGUAAACGCAUUCCCUAUGGUUUCCGUAAGCGCACCUUGCCCCACUUCAUCAAAGAUGAUUACGGUCCUGAGUCCAGAGGCUUCGUGGAAAACUCAUAUCUUGCCGGCUUGACCCCAUCCGAAUUUUAUUUUCACGCUAUGGGUGGUCGUGAAGGUCUUAUCGAUACUGCUGUAAAAACUGCUGAAACUGGUUAUAUUCAGCGUCGUCUUAUAAAGGCUAUGGAAUCUGUAAUGGUAAACUAUGACGGCACCGUACGUAAUUCAGUGGGCCAGCUUAUUCAGUUACGUUACGGCGAAGAUGGCUUGGCUGGAGAAACAGUGGAGUUCCAGAAUUUGCCUACCGUUAAAUUGUCCAACAAAUCCUUUGAGAAGAGAUUCAAAUUUGAUUGGUCCAAUGAGAGAUACAUGCGAAAGGUUUUCACAGACGAGGUCAUAAAAGAAUUGAGCGAGAGUGGCAAUGCUCUGCCCGAGUUGGAGAUAGAGUGGGAUCAGCUGUGUCGCGAUCGAGAAGCGUUGCGAGAAAUUUUCCCUAAUGGUGAUUCAAAGGUUGUAUUGCCUUGCAAUUUGCAGAGAAUGAUUUGGAAUGUGCAGAAAAUUUUCCAUAUUAAUAAACGCAUGCCUACUGAUUUGUCACCUUUGAGGGUGAUUAAUGGUGUUCGCGACCUUCUGCAGCGUUGUGUAAUUGUGGUGGGUAAUGAUCGUCUCUCCAAGCAGGCCAACGAAAAUGCCACCCUGCUUUUCCAGUGUCUGGUAAGAUCCACUUUAUGCACAAAGUAUGUUGCCGAAGAGUUCCGCUUGUCUACAGAGGCUUUUGAGUGGUUGAUAGGAGAAAUCGAAACCAGAUUCCAACAGGCCCAGGCUAAUCCUGGGGAGAUGGUGGGCGCCUUAGCCGCUCAGAGUUUGGGCGAGCCUGCCACUCAGAUGACACUGAACACUUUCCAUUUUGCUGGUGUAUCUUCAAAGAACGUAACCUUGGGCGUACCCCGUUUGAAGGAAAUUAUUAACAUUUCCAAAAAGCCAAAAGCUCCUUCUCUCACCGUCUUUUUGACGGGUGGUGCUGCCAGAGAUGCCGAGAAAGCCAAGAACGUGUUGUGCCGGCUGGAACACACCACACUGCGCAAAGUUACCGCCAAUACGGCCAUCUACUAUGACCCCGAUCCCCAACGAACUGUCAUUGCCGAGGACCAGGAGUUCGUCAAUGUCUACUAUGAAAUGCCUGACUUUGAUCCAACGCGCAUUUCGCCAUGGCUGCUACGUAUUGAAUUGGAUCGCAAACGUAUGACAGAUAAGAAGUUAACUAUGGAGCAAAUCGCUGAGAAAAUCAAUGCCGGCUUUGGCGAUGACCUCAAUUGUAUUUUCAAUGAUGACAAUGCCGAUAAGCUGGUUUUACGUAUACGUAUCAUGAAUAAUGAAGAGAACAAAUUCCAAGACGAAGAUGAAGCGGUCGACAAAAUGGAAGACGAUAUGUUCCUUCGCUGCAUUGAGGCAAAUAUGUUGUCUGACAUGACACUGCAGGGUAUAGAGGCCAUUGGCAAAGUGUACAUGCAUUUACCACAAACGGACAGUAAGAAGCGUAUUAUCAUCACUGAGACUGGUGAAUUUAAAGCUAUUGGUGAAUGGUUGCUGGAAACUGAUGGUACUUCUAUGAUGAAAGUUCUUUCGGAAAGAGAUGUCGAUCCUGUGAGAACCUCCUCCAACGAUAUUUGUGAGAUUUUCCAGGUGUUGGGUAUCGAAGCUGUGCGAAAAUCUGUUGAAAAGGAAAUGAAUGCUGUGCUGCAGUUCUAUGGCCUUUAUGUAAACUAUCGACAUUUGGCCUUGUUGUGUGACGUAAUGACAGCUAAGGGACAUUUGAUGGCUAUCACACGUCACGGUAUCAACAGACAAGAUACUGGUGCUCUUAUGAGAUGUUCGUUCGAAGAAACUGUUGACGUGUUGUUGGAUGCUUCAGCUCAUGCUGAGACAGAUCCUAUGAGAGGUGUAUCGGAAAAUAUCAUUAUGGGACAGUUGCCAAAAAUGGGAACAGGCUGCUUUGAUUUACUCUUGGACGCAGAAAAAUGUCGUUAUGGCAUUGAAAUUGCCAACACCAUGGGCUCGAGCAUUUUAGGUGGGUCGGGUAUGUUCUUUGGUGCAGUAUCUACGCCUAGCAUGUCACCACCAAUGACGCCAUGGCAAAAUUGUGGAACUCCAAGAUAUUUUUCUCCUUCUGGUCAAAUGAGUGGUAUGACACCUGGUGGUCCCAGUUUUUCGCCAUCUGCAGCUUCAGAGGCUUCUGGUAUGUCGCCAAGUUGGUCACCAGCACAUCCCGGCUCGUCGCCCAGUUCUCCUGGUCCACCAAUGUCGCCAUUUUUCCCUCCAUCGCCCAGUGUUUCGCCUUCAUAUUCGCCAACUAGCCCCACUUAUACAGCGUCAUCGCCAGGAGGAGCUUCACCAAGCUAUUCACCACUUAGUCCCAGCUAUUCGCCGACAAGUCCAGCGUUUGGUUCAACAUCGCCUCGUUAUUCUUCAACAACUCCCAAUUUUAAUCCACAAUCAACGGGUUAUUCUCCAUCGAAUAGUGGCUAUUCACCAUCAUCUCCGGUUUAUUCUCCCACUUCUCCCUUCCAUCAUUCUUCAAGUCCAUCGUAUACGGGCAGCGGUGGUUCCAAUAUGUAUUCUCCAACGAGUGCUUAUUCGCCAACUUCUUCAAACUAUUCACCAAAUUCCCCAUCAUAUUCCCCAACUUCUCCCUCGUACUCGCCCUCAAGCCCCUCUUAUUCGCCUUCUUCUCCUUGCUAUUCUCCAACUUCACCAUCAUAUUCUCCCUCUUCGCCAACUUAUACGCCUGUUACACCUUCAUAUUCUCCAUCAUCACCACAUUAUUCCUCUUCGCCUCACUACUCUCCAGCUUCACCAGCAUAUUCUCAAACUGGUGUAAAAUAUUCGCCGACUUCACCAAAAUAUUCGCCACCUUCACCUUCGUACGAUGGUUCAGCGGGAUCACCGCAAUACACGCCAGGAUCGCCGCAAUAUUCCCCAGCUUCACCUAAAUAUUCCCCGACGUCUCCGCUGUAUUCGCCCACCUCGCCACAGCAUUCACCGGCCAACCAGUACAGCCCUACCGGUUCAAGCUAUUCGGCCACAUCGCCCCGUUACUCGCCCAAUAAUAUGUCGGUUUAUUCACCUGGUAGUACAAAAUAUUCGCCAACAUCACCCACGUACACACCAACACGUAAUUAUUCGCCGGCUUCUCCCAUGUACUCACCCACGGCACCAUCGCACGGUUAUUCACCGACUAGUCCAGCCUACUCGCCUAGUAGUCCCACUUAUGAAGACAGCGAAGAAUAGGAUUUCGAUGCGAAAAUUAUUUAAAAAUGUCGUAAUAGACGUUGAUGUUCACACUUGGUUUUUCUACUACUAGACGAAGAAGAACGCAUUUUCCAUAUCAUCCAUAAAGUUGAUGAUAUUUAAAUCAAUUAUAUGCACACACACACACACACACACGCACGACUAGUGUGUAAGUUUUAACAAAAUAACGAAGAGGAGAAGUACAUAUAUUCUUAUUGUAUGGAUUGUAAUAAGAGGUUCUCAGUUAUUCGAGUACCAUUUCAGAUUGUUUUUUAUUAUCGAUUUUCUUGUCUAUGUAUUUCUUUAAAAACAAUACGUAUGUUAUCCAACAGUAAUGACGUCAUAAUCAAUAUAGUAUAAUAAGGAUAUACAACACAAUAAAAGUGUUUUCUUGUCUCCGACAUUUCUCGGAAGGAGACAUUGGCAAUUAAUAUUUCGUUUGAUUCGUUUGGAAUAUAGUUUAAAGUAUUUAAUAUUUUAAAUUUUAUAAAAACAACAUAUAUGCAUACCAAAAUAAACACGUAAAUCGUCUGUAAACGUCAAA